CUUUCAGAAGCUGCGCUAAAUAAAGGAGGAAUAAUGUAUUCCCGGAUCAUAGUUCUGCUCUUAUACGGGUACGCGCUUCGAUCUGCUCAUGCGAGAUGCUACAUAUUCCAGCCAGGUGACCCCAUACAGGACACCGACGAGAAGAUAUAUCUCCCGCAACCAUUCAACGUGACUAGUCCUCUUGAAGCCGGCGCACCUACCACAGCCCAGCCGGCCUCCACAGGUAAAGAUCAGCUUUCGCUGGUCGUGCCUCCCGACGAUAUGCAGCCCGUGUCGACGACCACUUCCCAACCUAUAUCGACUGAGGAAAGUCCCAUCGUCGAAACCAAUUCCGGCCCAGUGCAGGGCCAAAGGGUAUACGCGGCCAAUAAGACUCUCUACCAGUUCGUUGGCAUACCUUUUGCCGAGCCACCUGUAGGCCCGCUCAGGUUUCGCAACCCCGUUCCUGUCAAGCCGUGGUCCAGCGUUUACCAGGCAACGAAGAAGCCGUUUCCUUGUUUGCAGACGGACUUUUAUAUCAACAGCAACGUGACGAUACCUACAGCUAACUCGACAGAGGACUGCCUAUAUCUCAACGUGUGGACGCCUUCGCGGGAAUGCGUCCUCGGAAAGUUCAGCUGCGUUCCAAAGACGGUGAUUGUAUACAUUUACGGAGGAACCUUCAGCUUCGGAAGCAGCGGCUGGGACUGGUACGACGGCAAGGAGUUCGUCGCACGCGGAGACGUCGUCAUGGUCAGCAUGAACUAUCGUGUCGGUCCCAUGGGCUUCUUUCACAGCGGCACGGCGCAUUCCUCCGGCAACGCCGGUCUUCACGACCAGCUCUUGGCCAUGAAGUGGGUCAAGCAAAACAUUCGCAACUUCGGCGGCGAUCCCGACGACGUGACGCUGGUGGGCCAGAGCGCGGGCGCCAUUUCUAUCGGCUUGCACCUUGUUUCUCCCCUCAGCAAAGGACUGUUCAAGAGGAUCAUCAUGGAGAGCGGCAGUCCAUACUUCCGCAUUGCAGACAACACGAGAGAAGGCCCUCACAAAGUGGAGAAGCUGGCCCGAGCGCUGCAGUGCGCGAGAAACGACAUGACCAUCGAGUCUCACAUGGCCGAAAUGGUCGAGUGCUUGCGCAAGAUAGAUGGCAAGGAACUUCUUAUCAUGUCCAACACGAUAUUCGGAGUGCACGCCUUGACGUUUUUCCCCGUUUUCGGUGACGACAUCAUUCCGGACGAUCCGUACUUGAUGAUGGAGCAGAAGAAGUUUCACAAGGCAGAUCUGCUUAUCGGGAACAAUCUUGACGAAGGCAGCUACUUCGUCUUCUACCUUUUCGGCAGAGCUUUAGAUCUCGAGCAGGCCCACAAGAUCACCAAAUACGAGGUGGACCUCUACGUCUCCUACUGCUUACAAAUGCUACUGCGAAAGAACGUCUCCCCCAUCCGCCACUACUACCUCAGCCACAUCGGUGAACGCGAGAACAUCAAGGCACUUCAGAAGGCUGCUGAGGCGGUAGGCGACUUCGCCAUCAUUUGUCCUACCAAGUAUUUCGCCGAGAGCUUCGCGUCCAUGAACAACAAAGUCCAUUACUAUUACUUCACGCACCGACCAUCGUUCAGUUCGUGGCCCGGUUGGGUCGGGCCCACACACGGAGACGAAGUGUUCUUCGUAAUGGGACUUCCCUUCAGCAGCCCUACGAUUGCCACCGACCAGGAGAGAGAGUUGUCGAAGCUCAUGAUUGAAGCUUGGACUACCUUCGCAAAAACUGGGAAAGUUCCCGACGUAGCCAGCAAGCCAUGGCCAGAGUUCACAGCGAAGAACCAAGUCUACAUGGAACUCAACCCCAAGAGAUAUACGUACGGUCGAGGACCCAACGAGAAGAGCUGCAAUUUCUGGAAAAGCUACCUGAAACCCUGAGA